UCGCCAUAUUGUUGUUGUAAAGUGUGGAUAUUGAUGAAUGACACAUGAUUUUGUUCACAAAGUAAUAUACGUGUAAAAAUUACAGUUCGAAGCGUCGUCCCAUAACGAUAUAUCUGUAAAGUCGUACUUACUAUAUUCGAUCGGAAUGACAGUUACGCAUUAAUGAUAUAGAUUUAAUCUGGGCAUUAAAAGUGUUAUUAAAAUUUGUGCUUUUAAAAGUUUUAUACUGUAGUCUGUAGUAUAAGUUAUAAAGUAGCAACAGAACACUAAUGUUUCUGUUGUUACAGAAGUAGCCCGUGUUAUUCUGUAGACCCUAAUAAAUAGUUGUAUUAGCGAUAUUAUACUUAUGCUAUCAGUAUUAGUGUAACCUAGCUGAACAAUAUUGAUAUGACAAAGGUUAGGCCUAGUUCAUAAUACUAAUAGUAAUAUUCUGAUAAAAGCAAAAGUAAUACUUAUCUUGCGAGGAGUCUGUAUCAUGUAUGAUACAAACAUCAUGUAACUGUAACUUGCGGCAAAUGUAACAAGAGACACAGUGAAACAUUGGCAAGUCGUUGGACAUAAAUUAGUGAAACUAUUAAUAAAUGUAAUUUAAUAUAGUGUGUUAUCAUUACUUAUAUUAUUAAUUACUUAGUGUUCAAGUGUUAGCGCAACCGAGUUAAAAUUAUUUAGUUAAGGUGUGAAGGAAGACUUCAAAAGCUUAGGCCUAAUGUAGACAGAACUUUCAGAAGCUGUUUAUGUUUGAAGUAUUGUGCCUGCUUUAAACCAGUGUAUCAAGCUUUUUUUUUUUUCUGAUGUACCAGAACAUGUAAGAAGUCAUGUGCUAGUGGAAGUGGGAACAUUUUAUUGAGUGAUCAGGUCCUCUAGUCCACAAGUUCUAAGUUUCAGUUUUGCUGAAGAUUGCUUACAAUUUCAUGAUGAGAAGAUAGCAAGAAAGAAGAAUUUUUCCAGUUUCAGUUUUAACUCUGAAGAAAUCAUUCCUUCUGCAUUCCUUGACAGUACCUUAAAAAGUUUACUAAAUUCCUGAUGUAGGACUCGGCACUCUUCUUUUUGUUUGAUCAUCAUAGCUUAUUCUUUUGCAAGCUUGCUGUUCAGUAGAUUCAGAUCUUGAAGGAUAGUGUUGAGGAGUACGAGAGUCAGUUUUUGUCCAAAAAGGUUUACUACUGUAAUCUCAGGAGUGCCUACCAUGGUCAUCCUGGGGCAGGUCAACUGAUGGCAAGUAACAACGCCCCUACUCAUGACUUUGCGCCAGCGUGGCUGAAGAUACCAUCAUAUGAAACUACUAGACCCCUUGGCAGUGAUAACGAACGUGAAGGACACAUCAGUAGACGAGAAGAACACCGAGCAUUGUACGGAAGACAUCUUAGGGGUGGUGAUCAUUUUAGACAUAACACUGGCAGAGAAAGAGAAGGCAAAAGAAAGUCAUAUUAUCCUCCUCAUCAUCAUCCGGUAGACAGUGAUGAUGAUUCUCAGAACUUUUAUAACACACGACAGUUUGGCGCUGGCAGCUCUGUAGCACAACCUGCUCAUUCUCAAUCAUCAGUUUUUCGCCGUCCUCACAGUAGGCAUGAUUUCAGAGAUCCUUCAUACCAUUCCAAGUAUGGAUUUUCACAUCAUGGGGAAUCUGGUAAAGGAUGUGGAAAUGUUCAAACCAAAAGCAAACAGGUGGUCGUUUCAUCAGGACCAAGUACUGAGUCAAUAAGCGGAAAGGAAAAGGAGUGUCUGGCAAAAACUUUCAUCAAGAAUUUCCAUCAUUACAUGGAGAAACAUCUGAUAGUUUACCCAGCCAGUUGCCACAAGUGAAUGGUGGGGUUUGGAAAAAUCCAAGGAAUGCCAAAGUACAUGGAACAGUUAUCAGUAGGAAGAUUCAUCUGGUGCAAAGAUCUGUGAAAACUGACUUGGGAUCGGAAGUACAAGGCAAGACCUCAUCUGGAGUCAUCACUUCUCUGAGUGACAUUGUAAAUAGUCCCAAGCCAAGUUCUCAUGCUGCUAUUGUGAGUCAAGGUAGUAAAACCAGUGAUUUGAGUCAAGCAAGGUACUCACUCUACAAGGCUCUUGUUCCUGCUAAGCAAAGUUCACAGAUGAAGAAACCAAUUGGAGAAGGUGUGAUACUGUCAUCAAAAGAAACAAUGACCAAUGGAUUUGGAAUUACCAGACUGAACAGUGCCACAGCUUCUCAGCCAUUGUCAAGCUCCUCAAGUCGAUCUAAAUCCAUCCCAACUCCUCCACCACACAUGGAAAUCCUCAUCAAGAAUCCUAAAGCACGAGGAAACAAAAGUGAUUUUCUGAAGGGCCUACAGAGUGAAAUUAAUGAAUUAGAUCAAAAAGAUGAUAAUUACCAGAAAAGACUCGGUGGAAGUAAGACUGAUGAGAAUGAACUCUCACAGCUUAAUGAUGACAUUGACAGAGAACAUUGUGUGAAUGGAAUUAAUAUUGAAAAGAUUUCAAUCAAAGAUGAAGAAGAAUCUGAAGAUACCAAUAUGCUUUCAAGUUCCCUUGAAGCUGAAGAAAGACUUCUUCGAGAAAUGGGUUGGAAAGAAGAGUGUUUAGAUGAUGAUGAUUAUGCACCUCUUACAGAAGAAGAACUGCAAGAGUUUCACAACUUAACGCAGAAGCUUCAAGUCAAUGAGCGGAAGAAUGGAAUUCAGAGAAACUUUCAUCUAAGUUGGAGCCCUAAGCAUAUUUCUCCACUUGCAAAUGUUCUUCCUGUCAAUACAAACUGGUCCAGCUCAUCAGACACAGAUUCAGACUGAUCUUGUUUCUUGUGGUACUGCAUCUAUGGUGUAUUAAGUCUUUGCUUAUGUUUUUGUUUCCCUCUUUUUUCAAGGUGUGUAUAGAAAGGGGACAACAGUCUUUCAUUGUGAUACUUCUGUCAGAAGUGUAUGUGCUCGUUUUGCAGCAAAAUUCCAGUUGUAAGGCUUAGCAGAUAAAAAUAACGCUUACUUAAGUUUCACUGUUCUACUCCUUAUAAACUGUUAAUUCCUGUUUUUAAAGUCUUUUAAAGUUGUUUCUUGUACAUGAAGAGUUGAAAAAAUCUUAAGAUGACAAAUGUAAAAUAAAAGUUUUUUGAUACAUAUCGUUUGCCAAGAGUCAAAACAAUGACAAGGGACAUUGUAAUUAUGGUAUGCAAUGACUAAUUUAUGUAUAUAAGAUAAUGCAUAAUGGAAAAUAUUGUCACAGUGUAUGAAGCUACACACAUAGCCAUUCUCCCAAUCAGUCUGUGAAGCAUACUUUUGACAGAUAGUAUUCAUCCAAGUGUUUCUGGCCAUUAUCCACUAUCCCACAGCCAAAUAUCACUUGAAAAUCUUACUUCAGUGUUGACAAAAAGAAAAUACUUUCAUGUCUUUGUAACACUGUAUGAAAGAGAUUUGAUAAAACAGAACAUUUCUUACCCACAAGAGACUUCUUUUGUUCGUUUUGGUUUUUGUCUCUGUAGCCUGGUCAAUAAUAAUAAUAAAAAAAGGAGCAUGAUUUUGCUAUUAUGAUAUGA